CUAAAUAAACACUAUUCCCCUGGAAGUGAGGUUAUUGUUUCAUCAACCAUAAUGCCUGUCAUGUCUUCCACAGGAGGAGAAAACCUGCUGGGUGCCUCAGUUGCUAUUAGUAUUAUCCAGUAGGAAGUCUGUACAAUUCGCUAAGGAAUGUCAUUCUUGUCCAGGAAUUCAGACACAGCCACAUGAAGAGGAAAUGAAGAGUGAAAACAAAACUUCUUCAGCAGACUUCAUUCUGCUGGGACUCCUAAGCCAGACCAAUGUACACAUAUUCUCCAUGGCCAUGAUAUUCUUAGCCUUCAUCGCUGCCGUGUCUGGGAAUGCUCUCCUCAUACUUCUAAUCCAAGUGGAUUCCUCCCUUCACACCCCCAUGUACUUUUUCCUGAAUCAGUUGGCCUUCAUGGACAUCUGUCAGAUGCUGAUUGUGGUCCCCAAAAUGCUAGCUGACUUCCUGACCCCAGGCAACCCCAUUUCUCCAGCUGGCUGUGGGGCUCAGGUUUUUCUCACACUGACAAUGGGCAUAUCAGUGUGCCUUCUCCUGGCAGUCAUGGCUUAUGACAGGUACAUAGCGAUCUGCAACCCCUUGCAGUACCCCAUUCGCAUGAGCAGGAACAUCUGCUUUCUUUUAGCAGUUGGGGUCUGGAUGGGAGCAUCAGUAAACUCCUUGAUUCACACAGUGUUUACACUGACUCUCCCCUACUGUGGCUCAAAAGCGAUUGACCACUUCUUCUGUGAGGUCCCAGCCCUGCUAAAAUUGUCCUGCUCUGAUACCUCUCGAUAUGAGGCUCUGGUGUUUGUGAGUAGCAUUGUCCUGGUCCUCAUCCCUUCUUCUAUUAUACUAGCCUCUUACGCUUGUAUCCUCUCCAGGGUCCUGAGGAUGAAGUCAACCAGACAGCAGAAAGCUCUGGCCACCUGCUCCUCCCACCUGACUGUGGUGGUCAUGUUUUACGGGGCAGCCACCUUCAUGUACAUGAGACCCAGCUCCUACCACUCCCCAGAGCAAGACAAGAUUGUGGCUCUCUUUUACACCAUUGUCACCCCAGUACUCAAUCCACUCAUCUACAGCCUGAGAAACAAGGAUGUCUUAGGAGCCCUAAAAAAGCUGAUUGGGAAAUGCAGAGUCUUCCAGCAAAGUUGA